CUCGGCUGGGACAUUCUGAACACAUGAAACGGAAAUGGAAAACAUGUCUUACACUGAAACUUUCACACUCACUGGAUUUGGGGACAUGGGUAAUAUAAAAUAUGUAUAUUUUGUCUUUACUCUUAUUGGGUACCUCUUGAUAGUCUUUGUAAACGUAGUUCUUGUGUUAGUAAUAUUUCUGGAAAGAAGCCUUCAUGAGCCUAUGUAUAUCUUUCUCUGUAGUUUAUCUGUUAACGCCCUUUAUGGAACUGCUGGUUUCUAUCCUAAACUUCUGGCUGAUCUUCUAUCAGAGACCCAAGUGAUUCCCCGUGCUGGAUGUUUCAUUCAAAUGUUUGUUAUCUAUGGUUAUGCAGCUGUUGAAUUUACCAAUUUGACAGUGAUGGCAUAUGACAGAUAUGUGGCCAUUUGUAAACCUUUACACUAUACAAAUAUCAUGACAGAUAGAGUUGUUUGUAAAUUACUAUUUGGUGCCUGGCUAUUUCCAUUCUGUAGCAUGGCCCUUGGUAUUUUGUUUUCUUCAAGACUGCCUUUGUGUGGAAACCACAUUGAAAGACUGUAUUGUUCCAACUGGUCAGUUGUUAAACUAUCUUGUGUACCAACUACUCUUAACAAUAUUGUUGGUUUUGUAAUUACUGUUUGUGCAAUUUUUCCACCUCUGUUUUUUAUAUUGUUUUCCUAUAUAAAAAUCCUUAUUGUUUGUCAGAAAAGCUCCAAGGAAUUCAGAAGGAAAGCUCUCCAAACAUGUCUCCCACAUUUAACUACACUGAUCAACUAUUCUAUCACCAUGCUUUGUGAAGUAGUUCUUAGCCGUUUAGACUCUACGGCUUUACCCCAAAUUGUUGUUAGCACCUUGUCAUUAGAGUUUCUAAUAAUUCCUCCGCUUUUGAACCCACUCAUGUAUGGUCUUAACCUGCCAGAGGUACGCAAAAGGGUUAGAAAUAUGCUCCAAAGAAAGCAAGUUAGAGCACUAUGUAACAUUCCACACACUGUCAAAACCUAGUUUGUUAAUAUUUAGUACAUUUGUUUUAUUUUAACUAUGCAUGAUUCUUGAGUCAGGACAACUGACCUGUGUAAGGAAGCUGGGCCUUGAGCUCAAUUUAAAUUGACCCAGAAAUCAAGACUCAAUUAAUUUCAUUCUCAUAUCAAACUGGGGCUGCUGCUUCAUUCCAUCUGCAAUCUACAAUCCAAUCCAAUAUGCAACUGGAAGUUCCAGGGUAUAAUAACAAAUAGGUGAAUAAAUUGAAAUGCCUUAUUAUUCACUUUCAGUGCAUAAUGAUGACAGGUAUGUUAUAAUUACAAAAUAUGAUCCCCUAUCAGAAAACUGUAACGUAUAUGGCAACAGUUCAGACUGUAUUCUGAAACAUGUUGUGUUUGAAUAAAGUCACAGCUGCUAUCACAGAAUGAGAGAAAUAAAAAAAAA